AUGAAGCAGGAAAUGCUUUCCUCUUCCUCUUCGUCGGGAUCUGACUCUGGUCAUGAAUCCGAACACGAAGAGAUCCACAAGCUUACGAUUAACGAGCACUUCGCCAAGGCAUAUGAAUAUCGGAAGGAGAGAGAAGAGCUGCAGAAGCUGAAAGAGAAGUAUGGCUCUGACUACGAGGAAGGCGAUGAGGAAGCUCUCGACGACGACGAUGAAGACUCGGAGUCUGACGAGAGCGAAGACGAGGAUGGAGAGGAGUUGACUCCGGCCGUUGAUGCUGCGAUAUUGAGAACCUUGGCGAGGAUACGGAGGAAGGAUCCUGGUAUUUAUGAGAGCGGGAGGGAGGUAUUUACUGAGGAGCAUGGCAAGUCGGGCAAGCUCGCCACAACAGUACCAAAACCUAAGGAGAAGACUUCAAAACCGCUAACUCUCCCCGCCCACCGCCUCGCCUCCAUGCUUGAAACCUCCCGCUCACCCUCCCCUUCUGAUGAUGCCGACUCCUCCGCACCUCAACCCCUUACCCACAUCGAAGAACAAGCCCGUCUCCGCGCAGAAACAAUCUCAGCCUUCCACGCUGAUCAUUCACAAAAAGCCGACGUCGAAGAGGAAGAGGAAGAAGAAGAAGAGGGAGGUCUGUUCACGUUGCGAGCAAAGACGCAAGAUGAAGUGAGAAGGGAAGAGGAGGUGUAUCGGAAGUAUCUGGAGAGGGAGUUGAGGGAGAGCGGUGUGGAAGGGCUGGAAGUGUUGAAAGGGCUGGUAGACAUCGAGGAAGUCGAAGGAGGGGUGAAGAGAGAGCAAAAUGAAGAAGAGGGGGAGAGGAAGAAGAAGAAGAAGGGGAAAAAGGAGAGGCAAGAGGAGAAAACGAAGGGUGGCAACGAGAGUAGAAAGGGGAAGGAGGAGAAUGACCAAGAGUUUUUGAUGAACUAUAUCCUCAACCGUGGUUGGAUUGACCGUUCCUCCAAACGACUCCCGACAUUCGACGAAAUAACAUCCACCAAACCGUCCAAAUCCAAGUCCAAAUCAAAAACAUCAGCCAAGACUGAGAAUGGUGAUGACGACGAGGCCAAGGAUGAAAGUGAUGCUGAAGACACGAAUGAGAACGAUCUUAUCGAGGACGAGGACGAAUUUGAAGAUGUCGUGGACGUCUUCGAGUCGUCUUACAAUUUCCGCUUCGAGGAGCCUGACGCCCCACAUAUUCCCUCAUUCCCCCGUAACGUCGAUACUGUUCGACGCCCAGCACCUCAUACCGAACGUCGCAAAGAAGCUCGUGAACGUCGAAAGGAGCGCAAGGAAGAAGAGUUGAAACAGAAAAGGGAAGAUGUCAAGAGGCUGAAGGGACUGAAGAUGAAAGAGAUGAAGUCGAAACUCGAAAUGAUCGGGAAGGAGGGCGGGUGGAGAGGCGCCCAAGCACUCGAAAAGUUGGAUUUGGAAGGUGACUGGGACUCGGCGGCAUACGAUGCUCAAAUGCAAGCUAUCCUUGCAGAAGUGGAAGGCAACAUGGACGAGUCCGCAGACGUAGACGAUGACAAACCGACAUGGGAUGACGAUAUUGACGUCGGCGAUAUUAUGCCUCCUUCGGACAACGACGAGCCUGAAGCCGGUCCCAGUCAGAGAGAGACGGACAAGAAGAAGAAGAAGAAGAAGAAGGGGAAGGGCGGUGAGGAUGUGGAUGGUGGGGUUGAUAUGGACGAGAUGGACGCGGAGAGGAUGGACGUGGCUGGCGGAGACGGUGCGGGAGGGUGGGAUGAAGAGGAGUGGGACGGGACGGAGGAGAUGAGGAAGAGGGUGUUGGAUAAGUAUAUGGAUGAAAUGUUGGGGCUGGAGUUCAAUGAUGUCGUCGCUGGCCAACCCACACGCUUCAAAUACACAACGGUCGCGCCCUCGACGUACGCGCUCACACCUGCCGAAAUUCUUCUGGCCUCCGAUAAAGACUUGAACGAGUACAUGGGCAUCAAGAAGUACGCUCCAUAUCGCAAAGAAAAGGAGAGAUGGGAUCACAAGAGGGGAGAAAGGCUGAAGGAGUUCAAGACGAAGGUCAAGGCAAAGAUGCCCAAUGACGCUGAUGCCGGCAUGAUCUUCGGUGGCGGUCAUGAUGGAGGCGAGCGGAAAGAGAAGAAGAGGAAGGGAAAGAAGGAGAGGAUGAAGGAGAAGGCGGCGAAGGACGAAGGGAUUGUUGAUAUGGAGGAGGGCGAGGGUGAGAACAAGCGUGAGAAUGUGGCGGUCAAUGGGGAGGGAAAAUCACAUAAGAAAGAGGGAAAGCGUAAGAGAGGGGAACCAGAGGAGGCUGCAGUACACGUGGAUGCGAGUGGGCAUGUAGGUGGAGAGAGCGAGCAGACGAAAAAGAAGCGCAGAAGGCAUAAAAAGUCUGGGAAGGGCGAUGGGAUUGAGGUUGAGGUUUCAUGA